UUUCAGGCAUAUAGUGUUUUGAUUUAUUGCUCUGUCUUUUCCUUAGAAGAUAUUUUUUAGUUUUUAUUUCAGUGGUCACUAUUAUCACUACUAUUAUGGACAUGAACUGUUGAAAACCAUGUUUCUAAUCUUACUGAUAUCGGUUUUCAAGGAGGUUUGCCACUAGCAACAUGGCGGACGCGCUGACGGACCGUCCCUGCUGGGCAACGAAGCAGAGCGACGUCUACUCCUCUACGUCUAUGGUCCCAAUAGCAUAUGCACGUACAGCUACACACCAACCGACCUUGAAUCUGUCCUCUGUUUAAUACUUGCAGAUGAUUGGCUGUAGCGCCGGGGCUCCAUCGCCCUCCUGCAUUUUCAUUGGAGAACUCCGCUGACAGUUAAGCCAUAUCCGCCUCUGGCCUCAUUUGAUUGGCUCCCUCCGCUCCCCUUUCUCUCGGCGGUGGGUCGGAGCCGCGGUCCCUGGCCUCGCAUGUUUCCCUCUGGAUGCCUGUUUUCAGUUUGAUGCCCCUCUUGUAGAUGUGCUCCAUUUGAACGCCUUUGAAGGGCCACAGUCGGGCGUCCGUGCAGUGGUGUCAAAUUCCCCCAACCAUUUUAUUUUUUUUUAGACAUUUCGAGGCUUCAACCCCGAACAUGGCUGUUCAAGUUAGCGGAUCGUCUGGGCCGAUUGCCCGGCUCGAGGGCCGUGAAUUCGAAUACAUGAUGAAGAAGCGCUCGGUAACCGUCGGCCGGAACUCUUCUCAGGGCUCCGUGGACGUGAGCAUGGGCCACUCCAGCUUCAUCUCGCGGCGUCAUCUGGAGGUCUUCACGGCCAGCGACGACGGCACUGGCAGCGGGGACUUCUACCUGAGGUGUCUGGGUAAAAACGGGGUGUUUGUGGACGGAGUGUUCCUCAGACGGGGCGCCCCUCCUCUGCAGUUACCACGAAUGUGCACAUUCAGAUUUCCCAGCACAAACAUCAAGAUCAACUUCACGGCCCUGUCCAGCGGGAGGAAAGCCAAGCGUGAGGCGCCAGAGUCCCCAGUGAAGCCAGUACAGCCCCAGAUCUCCCCCCUUACCAUCAACAUUCCAGAUAACAUCGCUCACCUAAUGAGCCCCCUGCCGUCACCUACUGGCACCAUCAGCGCUGCUAACUCCUGUCCCUCCAGCCCACGGGGGGCGGGCUCCUCAGGCUACAGGAUGGGUGGUCGCAUGGUCAGCUCUGUGGAGCUGCAGCUAAUAAACGACAACUCGCAGCCUGAGAACGACAAGGAGGCCUCUGGAGGGGACAGUCCCAAGGACGACUCCAAGCCUCCGUACUCCUAUGCACAGCUGAUAGUCCAGGCCAUAACUCUGGCUCAGGACAAGCAGCUCACACUAAACGGAAUCUACAAUCACAUCACAAAGAACUACCCGUACUACAGGACCGCAGACAAGGGCUGGCAGAACUCGAUCCGUCACAACCUGUCGCUGAACCGUUAUUUUAUCAAAGUGGCGAGGUCGCAGGAGGAACCGGGGAAAGGUUCCUUCUGGAGGAUAGACCCGUCCUCUGAGGCCAAACUUAUCGAGCAGGCGUUCAGGAAACGAAGGCCUCGGGGGGUUCCCUGCUUCAGAACCCCGCAUGGACCCCUCUCCUCCAGGAGUGCUCCAGCAUCUCCCAGUCAUUCAGGGGUGCUCUCCGCUCACUCCAGCGGGGUCCAGACCCCAGACAGCCUGUCUCGAGAGGGCUCCCCGGUCCCCCUGGAACCAGAUACCUCCUCCACUCCCACCCCAGUGUCCACCACCACAGUCCAGCCCAAACUGGCAGUGAUCCAGGAAGCACGUUUUGCACAAAACACACCAGGCUCGCCUGGCAACCAGUCGGUACUCAUAGCAGUCCAGCACCAGUUACCUCAAACCAUCAAGCCAGUGACUUACACCAUGGCCUCCCCAGUGAGCACCAGCAGCUCCCAGCCCGCUGUCCAGACUGUCCAUGUCCUGCAGCAGAUCCCGGCCAUGUCCACGGUCAUCGCCCAGCCCGCCACCAUCAUCAAGAGUGAGCCGCAGGAGAAUGGGGAGCACACAGAGGUCAAAGUCAAAGUAGAAACUGUUUCAACCAUCGGUUCUGUGGGCGCCUCCAGUCGCAUCAUCCAGAGCUCCCAGUCAGCCACGCCCCUGCAGACUGUAACCAUAGUGCAGCAGGCCCCUGUGGGUCAGCACCAGCUGCCCAUCAAGGCCAUUACACAGAAUGGCACCCACAGCAUCACCACUGCCCUCCAGGCUCCUGCCAGCUCAGCUGCAGCAAGCCCCCUCCACCUGCUGGCGACCCAUGCCUCCGCCUCCGCCUCCCUCCCCACCAAGCGGCAGAACGGAGACCAGCUGGCGGGCGAGCAGCCUGACGCCAAACGCGUGAAAACCGGGGAGGAGAUGGCCCCGGGCGCCGCGGCAGAGACGGACUCGCCAGCAGCCAGUGACCAACCAAAUUAGUCUGUCCGACCUCGCACCACAGCGCCCCACCACGUCCCCCCCUUCACCCACUGUCUCUCUUUAUCUCGUCCCCGCCGUUUGUUCUGUUUCUCCUCCUGCCACUUACGACCAAGGUGCCAAACGGAGAUCCUUUCCCCUUUCAGUUUGGUGAGAAUGGGAUGAGAACAAAGAAACUUGUAGGUUUUCCGUAUGAGCCGUGACUGAAGCACGACCACAGGAAGCCUUAGCAACAACAAACCCUUAAACAAGCCGGCCUUUGACCUCCAAGCAGGAGAGGCCCGGAGUCGGCUCGGGCUGGAUGCCGCCUUUCUGACGCAUCUACCUCAGAGCAGAUCGGAGCCUCCGGCAGCCAGUAGGAAACGCCCUCCCUACCUGACCCGUCGGAACGGAUCGGGACAACGUGACCAACCAAGCGACGAGUACGAUGAGCAUUCAGCAUUUAAUUUUUCCGUUUUUAUGUUCCUUAUUAAUUAUAAAAAGUCAAAGGGAUCAACUUGGAGCCAAUUUUAAUUCCUGGCAGCUAGCCUCUCACAUUACUGACCCUCUUAAUCACAGCUGUACGUAGAUAUGCAGUAUUCUGUUGUUCAAGAUGUGGAGCAUAGCAAUUUCUUAAUGUAUUUACACUUAACUAGAAAAGUAAUAAAUAAAUUACAGGAAGCGUACAAAGCGGUGACAUUUCAGAAACUAAGAGACAUUUUUACGCGAACUUUUCAUUUCUGUUUGGUGAAAAGUGUGUAACCGUUUUUGGUAAACUUUCUUCUGUCCCCCCUCCCCUCCCUGUUGUUUUGACAUAUCUUAACCAAAUUGCUUCAUUAUUCCUUCAUAUUUCAAUACUUGCACAGAUAUCCAUGUGUAGUUCCAGGUGUUGACCUUGCAUGUAUCGGACAACAGAGAAGUCAUUAACAAAAAGAGAGAGAGAGAGAGACCAGAUCUGCACUUGAUUAAACGUUUUAUUUCUCUUCCUCCUGCUCCUCUUCUCUCCUUUUGUUUCUGUCACAUCCUCCUCCUCCUCAUGGUCCCUCCAGGCUGUGUUGAUGUUGUGGUGUUGGCAGACCCCUCUACUCACACAUCCAUGCUUGAUUACGUAUUUUGCUCUGUUCAAUCGACCUGGCGAGUCUGUUUUUCUGAUUGUACACGUUCCAAACAAUAGUAAGACAAGAAUUUGAUGUUUGUUCUGCUUCAGUGGAGAAAUGCUUUUUUUUUUUUUUAAAUAAAUUAAUUUAAAGUCCUUA